AUGGGUUUGACACUCAUUUACACUUCCUUGCUCGCGCUGGCUUCGAACGCUGUUGCUCAAAAAUGCCCCAUCGUUUUCGAUGGGCGAGUCCCGGAUGGAACCACGCCAUCUCUGUUUGAUACUGAAGCAAGUCCAUUUAACACUGAGUACGUUAAGGGCAAAGAAGUCGCCUUCUCUGAACUCAUCAAGAUCCCUGAUGUGCCUACUUCUCUGUUUGAUGCUCCCGAAAAAUCCGAGGCCAUCGAGGUGACGAUCUCCGACCUCUCCAUCUUCGCACCCUCUCCCGACAACGUCCAAGUCGGAUUCCGUCGGGCCGAGCUCCAGGUCGACGGCAACAACGGAACCGACAGCUCCACAAUCGGCGUCAAGACUCUCCAUUUCUCUGUCCGAAAGGACCCUGCCCGCCCGUUCAACAAUUCCCACGAGUACCAGCUGGUGUGGCUUGAGGACAACAGCUACAGCACCAACCAGAUUGUGCUGAAGACAGGGUACAUUUGGCCCCCAACAGGCUUAGACCCGGACACCUUGGUCCUGUUUGGCAAUGUCAACUCCAAGCCGGUCCCCCAACUGUUCAACACGAGCUUCACCGAGGAUGUGUGGCACAACUUCGGAGUCACUAUGGACUUCACUGCUUCGACUACCACCGUGUACUACUCCACCGACUCUGACCCUCUCGCCCUUGUCAAUGGCCCGGUCGCCAACGACGUGAGCGGACAAGGCCAAUUCCACUUCGGCCCCUUGAAGAAGCCCACCGGCGAGGGUAUCAAGGAUGUCACCAAGGAAGGUUACCAAUCGCCCGGCAUUGACGAGGGUGUUAUCUUCGGCGCUAUCUUCAUGGAGGACAGUGAAGGAGAUUGCGUGUCUUUGAGCCCAGAUGGUUCUAGCACACAGAGCUACAACGCUGUCCCUGCUCCUACCGAAGAGAAGAGCUACCAACCUACUACUCCGCCUACUAAAGAGAAGACCGAAGAGAAGACCGGAGAGAAGACCGGAGGGAAGACCGGAGGAGAGACCGGAGAGAAGACCGGAGAGAAAUACAAACAGAAGAGCGAAAAGAAAUACGAAGAGAAGAGCGAAGAGAAGGGCGAAAAGAAGACCGAAUGCGACUCGUGA